AUGGAUUUGUUUGCUGCUAUCACUGCCCAUGGUUUAGUUCCGAAUGUGGUGACCUAUCGGUUAAUGAUGGAAAAUCUCAUACAAGAGGGUCUGCUUGAUGAGUUUGACAAUCUGUUUUUAUCAAUGGAAAAGAGUGGAUGCACUCCAAACUCAUACAUGCUAAAUGGUAUAGUUAGGAGCCUAUUGGGUGGAGGUGAGAUAAUGAGGGCUGGGGCUUACCUCUCCAAAAUUGAUGAGAUGAACUUCUCACUUGAGGCUUCCACUACUUCCUUGCUAAUAUCACUUUUCUCGAGGGAGGAAUAUAAGAACCAUGCAAAGUCCCUACCUGAAAAGUACCAUUUUUUUUAUGAGGUCAACUAA